CGCGGCUUAGGAGGGGCGGGAAGGUCCAACGCCCCGCGGCGCGGGGGAGGUGUCACGAAGAGCAGGGAUCCCUCUGGAAUGUUUCCUUCGGGUCCCCCGGGGCGGGGCGGCGUGGCUUGGAGCGGAUUGGCCGCGAGCGCCGGGCGGCCGCUCCUGAUUGACCGGACGCGGGCCCUGGCCCCGCCCCCCGGUCGUGGCUGAGGGAGAGGCCCCGGCCUGAGUUUGCGGAGGGCCGAACCCGGCGCUCACAGGGCGGUAGCGGCAGCGCCGCAGAGCUGAAGCAGCAGACCCAGAGAGGUGGAGUGACUUGCCCAAGGUCCCACAGCGAAUGAGGAAACUGAGGCCCCAUCAAGUGAAGUGACUUCCCCACAGCCACACAGCUGUAUCACUCUGGCUGCUGGAUUGACAAGAGACUGUUGGGGGCAAGGGUGGAAGUUGGGAGACACAGAGAAGGCAACUGCACUGAUCUAGAUCUCCUGGGCGUGCCCUCUCUUCUCGCUGCUCAUGCCGCUGGGACUGGGGCGGCGGAAAAAGGCGCCGCCUCUGGUGGAAAAUGAGGAGGCAGAGCCAGGCCGUGGUGGGCUGGGUGUGGGGGAGCCGGGGCCCCUGGGCGGAGGUGGGGCAGGGGCCCCCCAAAUGGGCUUGCCCCCCCCUCCCCCUGCCCUGCGGCCCCGCCUUGUGUUCCACACCCAGCUGGCCCAUGGCAGCCCCACUGGCCGCAUCGAGGGCUUCACCAACGUCAAGGAGCUGUACGGCAAGAUUGCUGAGGCCUUCCGGCUGCCAGCCGCUGAGGUGAUGUUCUGCACCCUCAACACCCACAAAGUGGACAUGGACAAGCUCCUGGGGGGCCAGAUCGGGCUGGAGGACUUCAUCUUCGCCCACGUCAAGGGGCAGCACAAGGAAGUGGAGGUGUUCAAGUCGGAGGAAGCGCUGGGGCUCACCAUCACAGACAACGGGGCUGGCUAUGCCUUCAUCAAGCGCAUUAAGGAGGGCAGCGUGAUUGACCACAUCCAGCUCAUCAGCGUGGGUGACAUGAUCGAGGCCAUCAACGGACAGAGCCUGCUGGGCUGCCGGCACUACGAGGUGGCCCGGCUGCUCAAGGAGCUGCCCCGAGGCCGCACCUUCACGCUGAAGCUCACAGAGCCCCGAAAGGCCUUUGACAUGAUCAGUGUGCGUUCAGGGGGUGGCCGCCCAGGCUCCGGUCCCCAGCUGGGCACUGGCCGAGGGACCCUCCGGCUCCGAUCCCGGGGUCCUGCCACAGUAGAGGAUCUGCCGUCAGCCUUUGAGGAGAAGGCCAUUGAGAAGGUGGAUGACCUGCUGGAGAGUUACAUGGGCAUCAGGGACACAGAGCUGGCGGCCACCAUGGUAGAGCUUGGAAAGGACAAAAGGAACCCAGACGAGCUGGCUGAGGCCCUGGAUGAACGGCUUGGUGACUUCGCCUUCCCGGAUGAGUUUGUCUUUGACGUCUGGGGAGCCAUUGGGGAUGCCAAGGUUGGCCGCUACUAGGCCUCCCGCUGGACCUUGAGAUGACUUGGGCCAGGCCUGGUGGGAGCCUCUGUGGUGGAGACACCAUGGGCUGGACCCCAGCGUCCAGCUCGGGCCCAGCUCAGUAGCCCGAAGAUGAUGCGGAGCGGAAGUGGGGCCCGACCUCUGCCCACCUCCAAUCGGUACCACCCCCUCAACAGUUCCCAGCCUGGCUGGGGUCCCCAGCCCCCCACCCCACCCCCGCCCUGUUCCCCACCUACCUCAGCCGGGUCAGGCGCGGGGAGGGACCAGCCAGAUUGGGCGGCCACCCCCGCCCCCAGUACUUUCCGCCUCAGCUGCCAAACUGGUCCCUCUAUCUCCCUGGGGCCUUGGGUUCUGUUUGGGGGGUCGUGACCUCCCUAGUUUCCUGACGCAGGGCAUGCAGAAGGGGGGUGUCCCCCUCAGCAAACGCAAUAAUACCCUCCCCCUGCGCCACCUCCGUCCCCCCAGAGGAGCCCCCACUAUGGAGUCUGUUACCUCUGCAUUUGAAACAUGAGUCUGCUGUGAAGCCCCCAGACGCCCUCCCUCUCCUGCCCCCGUGUCUCCCUCCGCUCAGCCCCGGACAGAAGGGGCAGGAGGGAUGAUGGUGGUGGGCUUUCAUAUCUGAAUUUGCCGUCUGGAAGAUAAAGAAUCUGCUGUUGGA